AAGGACAUGAACGGCGGCCGUGUGGACGCAGCUACUUAGCUAGCUAAUUAGCUAGCAGACAGACCGUUGGACUUCAAUGUCCGCAUAAAUUAUUGACGAGCGAUGGUUUAAUUUAUCAUAAACGACAGCAUAUAUGUAGCUGAUUCGUCAUGUCAAUGUCGUUCAAUGGCCACCAACGCGACGAUGAAAGAAUCGACGGAGACGAAACGCCCACGAAGCAGCCGCGGUCCAACAAGGAGAUGCCCGAUUGUUUCAGCAGCGAGCCGAACAAUGAGGCGUCCGCGUCCGCAGGAGGAGCAACACCCGACCGGCGGACCUCCAACUCUACGGCGAGGCAACGGCACGACUCGGUGAAGAAAACAAGGCCGCCAUUUCCCUGGUUUGGGAUGGACAUUGGAGGCACUCUGGUGAAGCUGGUGUACUUUGAGCCCAAAGACAUCACAGCAGAGGAGGAGCAGGAGGAGGUGGAGAACCUGAAGAGCAUCCGGCGCUAUCUAACCUCCAACACCGCCUAUGGCAAAACGGGCAUCAGGGACGUGCACCUGGAGCUGCAUGACUUGACGCUGUGCGGCAGGACAGGCAACCUGCACUUCAUCCGCUUCCCUACACAUGACCUGCCGGCCUUCCUGCAGAUGGGCCGCAACAAGCACUUCUCCAGCCUCCACACCACCCUCUGCGCCACAGGAGGGGGGGCCUACAAGUUUGAGUCUGAUUUCCGAACGAUGGCAGACCUGCAGCUUCACAAGCUGGAUGAGCUGGACUGUUUGAUUCGGGGGGUGUUGUACAUCGACUCAGUGGUGUCCAGCGGCCCCUCAGAGUGCUACUACUUUGAAAACCCCACGGACCCAGAUCGCUGCAUCCAGCGGCCCUAUACAUUGGAGAACCCCUAUCCUCUGCUGCUGGUCAACAUAGGGUCUGGGGUCAGCAUCCUGGCUGUCUACUCUGAGAGCAACUACAAACGAGUUACAGGGACCAGCCUCGGUGGUGGGACCUUCCUGGGCCUGUGUUGCCUGCUGACUGGCUGCUCUACUUUCGAGGAAGCUAUAGAAAUGGCUUCUCAAGGGGAGAGCACCCGAGUGGACAAGCUGGUUCGGGACAUCUAUGGAGGAGACUAUGAGAGGUUUGGGCUGCCAGGCUGGGCUGUAGCCUCAAGUUUCGGCAACAUGAUGUCCAAAGAGAAGAGGGAGUCGGUGUCCAAAGAGGACCUGGCCAGGGCAACACUGGUCACCAUCACCAACAACAUUGGCUCCAUCACCAGGAUGUGCGCUCUAAAUGAGAACAUAGAGAGAGUGGUGUUUGUGGGAAACUUCCUAAGAGUGAACACCCUCUCCAUGAAGCUGUUGGCCUACGCCAUGGACUACUGGUCUAAAGGACAGCUCAAGGCACUCUUCCUACAGCACGAGGGUUACUUUGGAGCGGUUGGAGCCCUGUUAGAGCUUCUGCAUCCGUCCUAAUCUGUCCAAAGUACAUCCAGAGAAGAACUUGUCAAUCUGCUGCAAAGACCAUAAGCACUUUAGACUGUUCAGAAUUAAUUCCACAGUGGGAUGUUAUGCCAGCCACCAGCCUGUUACUGGUAACCUUUGGUUGUGGCAGGUAAUCCUAAACAUUUGGAGGACCAAUUAUGUUCUUAGAAAUCAAGCUAGUUUGUAAAAUGGUGAAAGUGGCGUCUAAAUAUAGAUACACAUCUACUGCUGUUGUCAGUGCAUGCAAGUCUGUGUCCUGCCCUGACCGAAGUGGUCUGCAGCAAAGUUGAUAAAGUCUUUGUUGCAGAAACCAGGUUUGGGCUGAAGCAUCUCCAAGGAAAUUCACCGCGGUUGCCUGAAAUACUGUCUGUUAAAAAGUAUUAAUCAUCAUGUAGUCUUGUGGACUACACUGUGGGUAUCAGGCCCUGGACCAGAUAUUUGCAAGUACAUUUUAUGGUUUAUUUUACUCUACUUAGGUACCAGGUGGAUGGGAGUUAAGUGUUUUAUUGGACUAUAGAGUGUGAGUUUAUUUUAUAAGAACUUUUAAGACAAACAGAAGAAAGAUUUUUACUACAAAAGCAUCAUUCUUCAUUGUUUAUUUGCCAAAUAUAUGAAAUACCCGUAGUUCUAAAAGAAAAACACAUCACCCACAAAAGUCUUGGCUGGUCUCUUGAGAGUUGAGAUGAUUUAACUCUCUAAUGUAAAGUACUCACUAACUGAUUCAGCUGCUGAUAUUCGUGUACUGUAACAUGACUGAUUGUUUUAUCAGGCAAGAUAAUUGUGAUAGUACUUCCCAUCCAUCUGGUACUCGUAGUAAGCUGAAACAAAACACUGAGAAUCAUUUACGACCACUUAUAAGGGUUUUAUUAUCUGUGAGCAUUUACUCAUUGUCACCACUUGGACUUGAAAUGAGGGUGUAAAAAAUCCCUUGGCUGAAAAAAAAAAAAAAAAGACGCAGGCUUUCCUCACUGAAUCUUAACUUAACAAUUAAUUGACACCAUAAUUGAUAAAAAUGCACAAGAGGUCAACAUUUAAUCAGACAUAACCUGUUAUUGUUACAGAAUAUGUAGAAUUUGUAGAUGAAUUCGGCCUCUAAAAACAGUAAAUAUUAUCCUGUUAUUGUACUUUGCCCAACUAAUCUCUGUUUAUGAGCCCAGUUGUUUACUCCAAGCAGCUUUUUUUUUUUUUUUUUUUGUUUGUGUUUUUGCGACAGUGGUGUUAUCAGCAAAUCUGGACAAUCAGUGUUGGGGGUUAGUGAGACUGUAUGAGCAACACAUUUAAGUCCCUUUCUGACCCCAAACGUGCCCUGCUGAAGUGCCCUUGAGCAACUGCAUUCAUUUCCUUGCAGAGAGAAAUCAGAGCAAGUGAAACGAUAGAUACCGAUACAUGUGAAAAUACAAAAUGAGGGCAUUUGUGAAUUUUCCAAAUUUAAGAAAGAUAUUUUAAUGCAGAAACGUGAUGCAUCCCUCCAAUGGAGGUUUUAGGUCCUGUGACCCCAAACCACUUGUUGAGCAUGUUCAGUAUGUACUUGUUUUGAAUUUAAUGUACAGGCUUUUGUUUUUAACAUUUUUAGGAGGAAUUGAGUAAGCUAGCACUUCUAAUGACUGUGUGUGUUUUAUCAGUUAUUUGUCCCAUCAUUUCAUUUAAUGCUUAUCCGUCCUAUUUUAAUGUAAUCUAUUAAGUAAUCAGUCCACUGAUGGAUUACAAGGACCAUAAAGAAUCUUCAGCUCCCUAAUUGAGAGUUGAUGCCCUAAACAGUUGAAAAUUCAGUUUUAGCUUACAGCUAGUAGAGAUAUUACAUCUGCAAGUUGAAUAUACAGUAAGCUGAUUUUAAUUUAAGUGCCUGCCAUGUUUUUUGUAUAUAAUACAAUAAUGUGUUCAGCAAUGUGAUUUAAAAUGAGAUAAAACUGAUGUGUAAUUCUCAAGGUUUACCCAGUUUUCUUUGCAACGUAGAAGCAAACAUACUUUUUUCUUUUUCUUUUUUUUUUGAACAUUUCUUUUUGCAUUGUCCAUAUUAAAUACACACUUUUCAUA